AUGAAGGGGUUUAUCCUUGGAAUUGUCAUUGUCCUGUUUGUCCAAGGUAUUACUUCUUCAGGCAAGGAGAGUAGUAAAGCACCAAACAAAACAUCCAGCGGACAUAUCAAGUUCAGAGCCACAGGAUAUGAAGAUGCAAUCAAAAAUCAUAAACUUAUAGCAUCCAGCAAGAGUGGUUCCAAAAAAGACCGGUACAAGCCCACAGGAUAUGAUGAUUAUAAAGUCCAAACUAAAAAAUACCAGCCCAUAGUUGUGAGAAUUACCGGAUCUAAAGAUUCUAACAAAAUUGGGUAUGGUAGCUACGAGACGAAUACGUAUAGCACUAACCAGAAAGGAUAUGAUAGCGACAAUUAUGGGUAUGAUGGCUCUAGCAGUAAAGGAUAUGAUACCUACAUACCCGGAUAUGACGGUUCUAGCAAUAUCAAAUAUGGAAGCAUCAACCAGGGAUACGAUUUUUCCAGUAAGAUAGGAUAUGAUACAUACCCUUCACAACAUGUAAGUUCUAGCAAGAUUGCAUAUGUAAGCAACAAUCAGGGAUAUGAUGAUUCCAGUCAGAAGGGAUAUGACACCUUAAGUAAAGGGUAUGUCAGUUCAAGUAAGAUAGCACAUGGAAGCAACAAUCAGCGAUAUGAUGAUUCCAGUCAGAAAGGAUAUGGUACGUACCCUGCGAGCUAUGAUAAUUCUAGAAAACACAAGAAAUAUGAUGUUUCUAGUAAGAAAGGGUAUGAUACCUACCCUACACAAUAUGACAGUUCUAGCAAGAUAACAUAUGGAACCACCAAUCAAGGAUAUGUUGUUUCCAGUCAGAAGGGAUAUGAUAGUCCUAGCCAGAUCGCAUAUGGAAACAACAAUCAAGGAUAUGAUGUUUCCAGUCAGAAGGGAUAUGAUAGUUCUAGCAAGAUAGCAUAUGUGAGCAACAAUCAGGGAUAUGAGGAUUCCAGUAAGAAAGGAUAUGGUACCUACCCUGCUAGUUAUGAUAAUUCUAUAAGCAACCAGAAAUAUGAUACUUCCAGUAAGAAAGGAUAUGACACCUACCUUACACAACAUGACAGUUCUAACAAGAUAGCAUAUGUGAGCAACAAUCAAGGAUAUGAUGAUUUCAGUAAGAAAGGAUAUGGUACCUACCCUGCGAGAAAUGAUAAUUCUAAAAACAACCAGAAAUAUGAUGUUUCCAGUAAGAAAGGAUUUGGUACCUACCCAGCGAGCUCGAGCUAUGAUAAUUCUAAAAACAACCAGAAAUAUGAAGUUUCCAGUAAGAAAGGAUUUGGUACCUACCCAGCGAGAAAUGAUAAUUCUAAAAACAACCAGAUAUAUGAUGUUUCCAGUAAGAAAGGAUUUGGUACCUACCCAGCGAGCUCUGAUAAUUCUAAAAUUAACCAGAAAUAUGAUGUUUCAAGUAAGAAAGGAUUUGGUACCUACCCAGCGAGCUCGAGCUAUGAUAAUUCUAAAAACAACCAGAAAUAUGAUGUUUCCAGUAGGAAAGGAUUUGGUACCUACCCAGCGAGAAAUGAUAAUUCUAAAAACAACCAGAAAUAUGAUGUUUCCAGUAAGAAAGGAUUCGGUACCUACCCAGCGAGCUCUGAUAAUUCUAAAAUCAACCAGAAAUAUGAUGUUUCAAGUAAGAAAGGAUUUGGUACCUACCCAGCGAGCUCGAGCUAUGAUAAUUCUAAAAACAACCAGAAAUAUGAUGUUUCCAGUAAGAAAGGAUUUGGUACCUACCCAGCGAGAAAUGAUAAUUCUAAAAACAACCAGAAAUAUGAUGUUUCCAGUAAGAAAGGAUUUGGUACCUACCCAGCGAGCUCUGAUAAUUCUAAAAACAACCAGAAAUAUGAUGUUUCCAGCAAGAAAGGAUAUGACGCCUACACUAUACAAUAUGACAGUUCUAGGAAGAUAGCAUAUGUGAGCAAUAAUAAGGGAUAUGAUGUUCCCAGACAGAAAGGAUAUGAUAGUUCUAGCAAGAUCGCAUAUGGGAGCAACAAUCAAAGAUAUGAGGAUCCCAGUAAGAAAGGAUAUGGUACCUACCCUGCGAGGUAUGAUACUUCUAGAAACAACCAGAAAUAUGUUUCCAGUAAGAAAGAAUAUGACACCUACCCUACACAAUAUGACAGUCAGAAGGGAUAUGACACCUCAGUUAAGGAAUAUGACGGUUCUAGAAAAAUAGCAUAUAUGAGCAACAAUCAGGGAUAUGAUGAUUCCAGUCAGAAGGGAUAUGACACCUUAAGUAAAGGAUAUGACAGUUCUAGCAAAAGUGCAUUUGAAAGCAACAAUCAAGGAUAUGUUGAUCCCAGUCAAGAAGGAUAUGACACCUUAAGUAAAGGAUAUGUCAGUUCUAGCAAGAACGCAUAUGGAAGCAACAACCAGGGAUACGAUGCGUCUAGUAAGAACGUGUUUGAUACCUUAAGUCAAGGGUAUGACGAUUCUAGCAAGAACCAGAGGUACGAUGGCCUCGGUUUAGGAUAUGACGGUUCUAGCAAGAACACAUAUGAAAGCAAUAGUAAGGGAUACGAUGUUUCAAGUAAGGAGUAUGAUAAAUACAACAAAGGAUAUGACGCAUCUAGCAAGAAUGCAUAUGGAAGCAACAAACAGGUAUACGAUGACUUCAAUUUCGGAUAUGACGGUUCUAGCCAAAACGCAUAUGGAAGCAACAAACAGAAAUAUGAUGCAUCAAGUAAGAAAGGGUAUGAUACAUCAAGUAAAGGAUAUGACAUUUCUAGCAAGAACAAACCCACGGGAUACGAAGUUUCCAGUAAGAAAGGAUAUGAUCCCGUCAGUCAAGAUCGAUAUAGCAGCCCUAACAAUGAUGAAUACAACAGUUACAAUCAGAAACUAUAUAAAAGCAAACCUAAGGGAUAUGAUGACUCUGCCAAUAAAGGAUACGAUAGUUAUGUCCUAGGAUAUGAAAGUUCCAGUCAACAAGUAUAUGAUAGCUCAAACCCAAAAUAUAAAGGCUCCAGCAAGAAAGAUUAUGAAAGCCAUAGGCAGGGAGAUGAUGGUUCCAACAAUAAGGGAUAUAUAAGCUUCAGUCAAUCAUUUGAUAGCUCCAAUAAAAAGAUAUAUGACGGCUAUAGCACUAUCAAAGACAGUUACAAAGGGAAAAAUAAUGCAAAUUACGAUCAAAACAAUUAUGACACGUAUGGAAAAAACGAUAAUUUGGAUUUUGGACUGAAUAGUUAUGCUAUUUAUGACAUGCGCAGUAUUGACAAUCUGGCUCAAAGCAGUUAUGAUAAAUACACCAAAAACAGUUAUGAAAAAGACAUGGACGAUGGAAAUAGCCGGUUUCAAGCUACCGGAUACGAUAACUAUCUGAACAAGGGGUAUAAUAGCUAUGGAAUCGUUGUAAACAAUAAGUAUGAGAAAGAAAGCUCCGGGAGAUCAAAUAUUCGUGAUGGCGAAUAUGAUAUAAAAUACAAUGGACGCCGUGAUAACGGAUAUGAAAAAGAUAAACAGAGCUCGGGUGGAUCUGGAAGGAAACGAGUACCAAAUAGAAAGAACUAUUAGGACUUUGUGCAAGUUGAUAAAUGGCGAAUGUAUGUAUAUAUGUAUAAAUAAACUAUACAAACAGAUUUUUUUAAAGUAUGCACGAGUAUAACAUUUCUUAAGAGUGAGCUAAUAAAAACAUACAACUUACAUGAAAAUACGUACAUUGAUUAGUAUAUAUUGGCAUGAUGCCAUCCAGGUGCGGAUCCAAGAUUUUGAUGGGGCUGGCAAACCAACGUUUGGAGUGAUACUUGUAAAAAGCCUAUGCAUUUAUCAUAUAUAUGAAGCUCCAAAGGGGGCUUGGACCCUCUGGCAUCCAUACCUUAUACCGAGUUUCUAUAGAAUAUGUAACUGAUGACGUGAAACGUACAUGGUCAUGUGUAUGUUAAUCAUAUUGUAACAAGAUGAGAGGAUUGUACGUUAUUCCUUAAGUUUUGAAAUACGGAG